AUGGCAGCACGGGUCCAGCAGCAGCUCGAGGGCAUGGUCCCCGAGUUGCGCAAACUAGUGGAAUUACAGCUCUUCACAGACGGAGAGGCCCGCCAAAUAGUGGAACGUAGACGAAAGUACGAGUAUGCUAUCAUAAGUACGGAUCCCGUGUAUUCUCGCAACUCGUUCCGUGAGUGUAUCAAUUAUGAAAUUGAACUUGAUCGGCUUCUACAACAGCGCUUGCGCAGGGCAAAGUCACAAUCAGACAGUGCGGACGUCCGUUAUCAGGUUAAAUCAGAUCAUGGUAGCGUGCCUAUUAAAGUUAUAGUGAGGAGACGUAUUCAUCGCAUAUUCAACCGCUGUCUAAAACGUUUCCCUACGCAUAUAGAGCUAUGGAAAGAGUACGGCGCCUUUUGCCACCGUAUAAAGGCAUUUGGCGUGAUGAAUAGAGCCAUUAUGAAUGCUUUGGCUAAAAACCCUACCUGCGAGGCGUUAUGGAAGAUUGCAGCGAAGUAUACGCUUACUCUCAAGGGCAGCCUUGCUGCACGCAGCGUUAUACAGAUGGCGCUACGUUCGAACCCACGUAGCUUGUCUCUGUUUGUUUUGCUACUGGAAUUGGAGGUGCAGCUUGGCUACAAACUCUUCCAACACUCCGACUCCUCCAAUGCCGAGGCUGGAGUGCUCCAUGCUGACAUUUCCACCAAAACAUGGAUCACAAUAAUACAGCACGCUAUCAAAGCACUGAAAGGAGAUGAUAUAUUUAAGAUGUUAUUCUUUGGAGCUGCGAUAUGCGCGCGUGUUAGUCGUGUUUCAGAUUUUGCCAAGGGGUUGAAAGGCUACGGUGACUUUGCCUCAUUAGUGUUCACCGAGAUGUUCAAUAGGCGAACCGAAUAUCCAUUGUUGGGUCUCUAUGUAUGGCAGCAUCGAUUACUGGAAUCGCUUUUGAUGCAGCGAUGUGACUCGCCAAACUCUUCCUCUGGCCCUGAUGCGGUGUUCGGCAGCAUUGUGAAAGACUGCACGGAGAACCCAACCAUGAUGCCUCCUGUUUGCCGUUUUAUAUAUGUCGUCACAACUUCCGAAGAGCCAACCACCGCCAUCGAAGCAGAAGGCAACGGAGGGCCUGCAUGGAUAACCGAUGUCGAAGGUUCGGCACAUGAUGCGGCGGAUGUGGCACCUAAAAGUGUUGAAAGCACGCAAUUUGAUGGUUCUGAGGACGAAGUAGACCGUUAUUGCUGUGGUAUACAUAGUCUCAAGGACAUAUGUCUAUUAAGGUCAAUAUCCGAAGAGUAUGAUUCCUUGAGCCAGCGGUGCGAAUUCGUGAAGGGCAUGCUUUACCGCCACCAAUUAAUCGCUCUCAGAGGCAAGUACCGCAAUUUCUUUUUACAAAAGAUGCAUUCGGCCGUAAGGGAGCUCGAAUCUAUCAUUGCAGAUUUAGGCAACAAGGACUUGGUGGUCACACUACUCGCCUCGCAAGAUGAUCUGUUGCGUCUUGUUGCAGGUCAGAUAGCUGCCCAAAGAGGCCACACAAUAAGUUUCAGCGGCUACAGUUUGUCCAUAGAAAUGUCAAGACAUAUCGCAUCGGGGUCGUUUGUGCCUUUCGUCGAGGUAUUAAAAAGCAGUAUCCUGAAAACACUCGGUAGUACCGAGUUGAAGGAAGAGAUUAAGUCCAGCAUACUUAUCCUAUUUUUGGGGUGGGAUAGUGUGGAUGCCAACUGUAAACUUGAAGCGGUGCGUAAAAGUUCUGUAAAUCUCACUCGUCACCAGCUGCUUGCCGGGGUUGACGCCGCAAUGCGUUCCGUUGUAGAUGACAUCCAACUUGUCGACCUGGUAAUCAGCCUUAUGUCAUCCAGCGAGCGUCUGCUUAUAGAUGAUAUUGCUUCAGAUGGUACUGUGGUCAACUCUCUGUUCUCUGUUGUCGAGAAGCGGAUACCAACCGUAUCGGAUUAUCUAAGGAACCACCGUGUCAACCAUUUGGGGCUACGUAACUUUGAUCUAUUGUCUAUAGCCAUCUCGAUUUGGCAAGUUGGUUGUAUCAUGAGUAAAUUGAAAACGAAGUUUACGAGUAUAGGCUACAGUGAGUCUGUGAAUGACACAUGCGAUAUGGUAUCUCCGGAGUAUACCCAGUCUGUACGUGAGAUGAUUGACCUAUGCGAGGCCAUGGUGUCAGCCAGCAACUCUGUGAAAAUUUCCGAUACGCGAAUUAGGCUUGCGUUUCGUAGCCGCUGCUGGCACCGCUACCUUCAGUGUGCCAAAGAACUUGAACAACUGCACACGACUAUGCCGAUUUUGAAUUGGCACGAAUUAAACUGUUCAUCUGAUUCAGUUGCGGCUCGUGCAUAUUCGCAAUUGGGUACAGGCUUUGUGUCAACAUUUGUGUAA